CCUCCAAACCUCUCCAAUAAAUCCCUCCCCUCUCCCCUCUCUCUCUCCAAGCCUCUCCUCCUCCUCCUUCCCUCCCUCCAAGCCUGCCCAAUAGCGUCCUGCAGCCUCUUCUCUUUCGAUCUAGUUUUGUUUCGAUCUCUGCACAACGUAUUUUCCUGGUUUGGGACAAGAAGAGAGGAAAAGGAUAAAGGCUUCUGGUGGAGCGAGCAUUUUCCCUUUCUGUCGGUUGUCUUAGUGGGUUCCUUUUUCCUCCCUAUUUGGAGGAGAAUUCAUGGAGUUUUCUCCGAUCUAGGCCCUCCAGCAACGCCCUUUUGGUUCUUCCUUCCUUCCCUUUUUUUCCUUUUCCUGAUAUUAGAUCUGUAUUUGUCCCGUGUUGCGGAAAUCGUUGGCGUUUGAUCCUUCUUAAGGGGUUUCCGCUGUUGAGAGAAAAGGGAUUUCUAUAGAUUUGGUUGUAUUUUUUGUUGCUCUUUUAUGAUCCUUUCUUCCCGUUUUUGGGGUUAGAUUUGGUUCCUCUCUUUUCUAUUAUAAGAAAAAUUGUUUUCCCACGUUUUGAAGAACUAAAGAAGGGAAGAUCGGAGGGUCUGCAUCUGUGGCCUCUAUUGAAAUCGUUGUUUCUGGGUGUUUCUCUAUCUGUGAGUUUGGGCGGUAUUUGCUCCAAGGAUUUUGUUGGAUUUAUCUGGUAUUUCAACACAUCCAGACGCAAUGAUUCCUCAAUCAAAGAACGGGUUUAAGGAGGGUGGGGCGCCCCUCACCAAAGACAUUCAUUUCAGGGGGGUCAGGAAGAGGCCAUGGGGAAGAUUCGCUGCAGAGAUCAGGGACCCGUGGAAGAAGAGCCGCGUCUGGUUGGGAACGUUUGACACGGCGGAGGACGCCGCGCGGGCCUACGAUGCGGCCGCCCGGGCUCUCCGGGGGCCGAAGGCGAAGACCAACUUCGCCUACGUCCCCGUUGAGGAUCGCAGCACCAGCAUGAGCAGCACCGUAGAGUCAUGGAGCAGCCCCAGAAGCAAUCACCACGCUAAGGCCCCAUCUAGCUGUGAGGUCGAUCUGAAGAUGGAUCUGAACCUCGCUGGAGGGCGGCACCGGGGCGGUUCACCGGGCGGCAACUUCGCGAGCGGCGUGGCAAGGAAGCAGAAGGGCACAAAGCGGAGCUGUGCCCCGGAUCGGAGGAGCGCUUGGGGAUGUGAUUGGCCAGGCCGUGGUUUGAUGCAGAACGGGUUCAUCGGUGGUGGUGGUGGUGGCGUUGAUCCGAACGAGUGUCACAGCGAUUGUGAUUCAUCGUCUUCGGUCGUCGAUGAUGAGGUGACGAGGCCUCCCCUGGCGAGGAGGCCUUUUCUAGAUUUGAAUUUGCCACCUUGUGGGGAUGGCGAUGAUGACGAUGAUGAAUUUUGCAGCAUAUCUUUGCGGCUAUGAAUUUUUAUCUUUCAGAAUAGGUGAGAAAGAGAAAAAAUGCGAUUGAAGCGUUCGGUCAAGUUUUGUUCUUGAUCUUAGAGAUCCUUCAGUCGUUUGGGGAUGUUUGGAAGAUGACCAAUCUCCCCGAUGAGAGUGAUCAGAAAAUUAAUUUGUUCAUAAUAUGAAGCAGAAAAAGGAUGGCCUUUCUUUUCUUAUUGUUUCUGUUUCACCUCACUUUGUAAUUUAAUCAAUCAUAAUGGUAUACAAAAUCGUGGAUUCGAGAGUUA